AUGAUAAACAAUUUCUCAGAAGCUGUGGAGCUCUGCUCUGAGAACGUGAAUGGAUCCUGCAUUAAAACCCCUUACUCGCCUGGGCCUUGGGCAAUUCUGUAUGCAGUCCCAGGUUUUGGGGCUGUGCUGGCAGUGUUUGGAAACUUACUGGUCAUUAUUGCUAUCCCCCAUUUGCUGCACACGCCUACUAACUUUCUGAUCGCAUCCCUGGCCUGCGCUGACUUCUUGGUGGGAGUGACUGUGAUGCCCUUCAGCACAGUGAGGUCUGUGGAGAGCUGUUGGUACUUUGGGGAGAGUUACUGUACAUUUCAUACUUGCUUCGAUACCUCCUCUUGCUUUGCGUCUUUAUUUCAUUUAUGCUGUAUCUCUGUUGAUAGGUAUGUUGCUGUUACUGAUCCUCUGACCUAUCCAGGCAAGUUUACUGGAUCGGUUUCAGGAAUAUGUAUUGUUGUUUCUUGGUUCUUUUCGUAUAGUUUUUCUAUCUUUUACACUGGGGCCAGUGAGGAAGGCAUCGAGAAAUUAGUAGUUGCUCUCACCUGUGUAGGAGGUUGUCAGGCUCCGUUGAAUCAAAAUUGGGUUCUGCUUUGUUUCCUUCUAUUCUUUAUCCCCACUGUUGCCAUGGUGUUUAUCUAUGGUAAGAUAUUUUUGGUGGUGAAACAUCAGGCUAGGAAAAUAGAAAGUAUAGCCAGCCAAGGUCAGUCCUCUUCAGAGAGUUACAAGGAAAGAGUAGCAAAAGGGGAGAGAAGCGCUAAAUCGUUGGGUAUUGCUAUGGCAGCUUUUCUUCUCUCUUGGCUACCAUACAUUAUUGAUGCUUAUAUGAAUUUUAUAACUCCUCCUUAUGUUUAUGAGAUUUUAGUGUGGUGUGUUUACUACAACUCAGCUAUGAACCCUUUGAUAUAUGCGUUUUACUCUUGGUUUAGGAAGGCAAUCAAACUUAUAGUAAGUAGCAAAGUGUUAAGGAGUGACUCAUCAACAAUUAACUUCUGA